UCAUUUUUUUUUUGACACCCAACAAACAAGUGUACAUUUUCUCUUUAUUUUCUUCGACGACAAACAAGAAGUAGACUUUAAAGCUAGAAGUCAGGGAAGCUAUAGUUUCAAAUGAAAUAAAAUCUUGACGAAAAGCUGAGACCAAAGCAAAAGCAAGGCGAAAGCUCUGCUCCAUUCUCAUUACACACUUCCAGAAUUAAAAAAAUAUAGAAACAAACAAAGAAAACUAAACUAAACCCACCUUGGGAUACUUAUAAUAUAAUCCAAUGUCCAUAUAAAUAUCACCCCAAGGAAACCAGAGGCCCGUCAAACCUUUUUCACUUUCAUUUUUGAUCAGGGGAAAGGAAAUACAGAGUUGAUCGAUGGGGAGUUAUAGGAUGUGCCUGUGCUUUACCAGGAGGUUCAAAGUCACUGAGGCAGCACCACCACCGGACGUUAAGGAUGCAUUCAUGAAGUAUGCUGAAGGUGCGCCCCACAUGACGGCGGAGCAGCUGCAUAGAUUCUUGGUGGAUGUGCAGGGGCAAAGCGGUGCGACGGUGGCGGAUGCAGAGGGGAUUUUACAGCAGGUGCUGCAGAAACGACAUCAUAUGGCUAAGUUCAGGAGACACACUUUAACUCUUGAUGAUUUCCAUCAUUACUUGUUUUCUGCAGAUCUGAAUCCGCCCAUUGGUGAUCAGGUCCACCAUGACAUGACAGCACCUUUGUCACAUUAUUUCAUAUACACUGGUCACAAUUCAUACUUGACGGGAAAUCAGCUCAGCAGUGACUGCAGCGAUGUCCCAAUCAUAAAGGCACUGAAGAGAGGUGUGAGAGUGGUGGAGCUUGAUAUAUGGCCAAAUAACGCAAAAAAUGAUGUGCAUGUUCUACAUGGAAGGACUUUGACAACUCCCGUAGAACUCAUUAGAUGCUUAAAGUCCAUUAAAGAACAUGCUUUUAGUGCAUCCCCGUAUCCCGUUAUAAUUACUCUUGAAGACCACCUGACUCCAGAUCUUCAGGCGAAAGCUGCUCAGAUGGUUACUCAAACAUUUGGAAAAAUGCUGUUUUGCCCUGAAACUGAUCAAUGUUUAAAGGAAUUCCCUUCACCGGAGGAUUUGAAGUAUCGCAUCAUUAUAUCAACCAAACCUCCCAAAGAGUACCUUGAAGCUCAGAAUAACAAGGACAAAAUGAAUAAUUCACAAAAGGGGAAGGAUUCUGAUGAUGAUGUGUGGGGAAAAGAACCAGCAGAGCUUACAGCUAAUCAAGAAGAUGAUAAGACUGAUAGUGAUGCAAGCGAGAACAAUCAGGAUGAUGAAGAUUCGGAUGCACUUGAACCUGAAGUAUCCCCUUCAGAAGCACCUGUGUACCACCGUCUUAUUGCCAUUCAUGCUGGCAAACCUAAGGGAGGUUUGAAGGAGGCACUAAAAGUUGAACUUGAUAAAGUUCGGCGCCUUAGUCUGAGUGAACAAGCACUUGAAAAGGCCACAAUGUCCAAUGGGAGAGAUGUUGUGAGAUUUACCCAGAAGAAUUUCCUGAGAAUAUAUCCUAAGGGUACUCGGUUUAACUCCUCCAACUACAAGCCACUGAUUGGUCGGAUGCAUGGAGCUCAAAUGGUUGCCUUUAACAUGCAGGGAUACGGUACGUCUCUUUGGCUGAUGCAUGGGAUGUUUAGAUCUAAUGGAGGCUGUGGUUAUGUGAAAAAACCGGAUUUUCUGAUGAAUGCGGAUCCGAAGAGUGGGGUGUUUGAUCCAAAAGCUAAGUUACCUGUGAAGAAAACUUUAAAGGUGAAAGUCUAUAUGGGAGAUGGGUGGCACUUAGAUUUUAAACAAACACACUUUGACUUCUAUUCUCCACCUGACUUCUACACCAAGGUUGGCAUAGCAGGAGUGCCAGCUGAUGAAAUAAUGAAGAAAACAAAGAAAAAAGAAGACAACUGGACACCUGUUUGGGAUGAAGAAUUUGCAUUUCCAUUGACUGUUCCUGAACUGGCUUUGCUUCGAGUUGAGGUCCAUGAAUAUGACAUGUCUGAGAAGGAUGAUUUUGGCGGUCAAACUUGUUUGCCAGUCUCUGAACUGAAGUCAGGGAUUCGGGCAGUUCCCCUCUUUAAUGAAAAGGGAGAGAAGUUCAACUCUGUAAGACUUCUUAUGCGCUUUGAGUUAGUCGACUAUGAAGAGAUGUCUGGUUGAGAUUUCAACUACCUGAUGUCCAUUAUAUCCUUGUAACAUAAUCUUUUGCUUUUCAAUUAGUAUCUGUGGAUUAUUUUCCCUGUUUUGCAGCGUAUUUAUGAUCUAAAAAAAAUGUUUUUUGUUUUGACAGAAGUAAUUAUUUCAGCUUCUUGUACACCUGCCAAAGAAAAAAAAUAAAAAAAAAGAAGUGUUUGAUCCACCUAGUGCAUUCUCUCAA